AUGGCAGGAAUAGAAUUAGGAACAUCGGGAAAAUGGUGCAAUUUUCAGCAGUUAGUGCAACAUGUAUUUCACUGCUCCAAUCACGAGUGCAUAAUUCCGCUUUGUGUCAACACCAAACUUAUGAUGAAACAUUCUCAAGUCUGCAAGAAAGAAAACUGCAAAAUUUGUCAGGAGAUGAAGUCCCUUGCUUCGAAGCACUCAGAGACUUGUGUAGACCACAGCUGUCGCGUACCCUUUUGCGCCGAAGCAAAAUCGACUGAUCAGGCCGACUUCCAAAUUGAUCUGAGCGAUUUCUUAGAUGCCAUAAUUGAAGACAAUACGACCAGAGGUCCACAUAACCAAAGUACCAACGAGUUGGACAGCACUAACGGUGGUUUUCAAACCAGAUCAGUUUCUUCUGUAUUAAAUGCACCCUCAAUCAAUGAUGAAUUAAUGCAAAUGUUUCCACCUCUGUCUAGCGCCAUGUCCGAUCGUUCACGCGUGGCUGCCGACCCUCUACCACCCGGCUCAGUCUUGUUCGCAAAGCAGAAUGCACUACUGAAAAUGUCCCCAACAUUGUUAGAUAUCGGUAUCAACGAGUGUCCAAGUGUGGCUGCGAGUGAAACUUUUAAUCAAUCUUCUUCAUUUAAAAAUCCUUCACUAUUUUCAAAGUCUUCGAGUCUUAAGCAACAGAAUGGUGGGCCUCUUCAGGUUUCCAUGACAACAAAAAGUCGAGUGGCGACCAGUCGUCUGUCGGUACAAGGGCUAGAAGAUGCAGGUCUACAACAAAAAGGUUUUGCUGAUCGUCUAAGUUGUUCAAUCAACCUCAAAAGCUCUGAGCAAGAAAAAGUCCCUCAGAGCCAGCAAAGAAACCGAAACAGGAAAAAAAACCACGGGGACUCGAUACAUCAGAUGAGUAUGGGUGAUCAUACGAAAUCCCUCAUGGCCUGCCGCAACUACAGCAGCAUUACGGGAAGAGAAGACGACGCCACCAGUAGUCAAAGUAUUUUACUGAAAGUGCGCUUUAUGAACUCGCUCAAU